AUGGUGGCCAUGGACUUGGGCUCCCCCCCGCUCCCCAAGAAGAGCCUGCCUGUCCCUGGGCCCUUGGAGCAGGUGGCCAAUCGGCUGAGCAGCAAAGUGGCUGCAGAGGUUCCUCAUGGCAGCAAGCAGGAACUGCCAGAUCUCAAGGCCCAGAGCCUGACCACCUGCGAGGUCUGCGGUGCCUGCUUUGAGACACGCAAGGGCCUGUCCAGCCACGCGCGCUCCCACCUGCGGCAGCUGGGGGUGGCCGAAUCGGAGAGCAGCGGUGCCCCCAUUGACCUCCUCUACGAGCUCGUGAAACAAAAGGGCCUGCCUGACACACCCCUUGGGUUGCCCCCAGGCCUGUCCAAGAAGUCCAACUCACCGAAGGAGGUGGUAGCUGGGGCUCCCCGGCCUGGCCUGCUUGCCCUGGCCAAACCCUUGGAUGCUCCUGCUGUCAACAAGGCCAUCAAGUCACCACCCGGCUUCUCCACCAAAGGCUUGGCCCACCCACCCAACUCCCCACUCCUCAAGAAGGCACCACUGGCCCUGGCGGGCUCCCCUACGCCCAAGAAUCCUGAGGACAAGAGCCCCCAGCUGUCCCUGAGCCCCCGGCCAGCCUCCCCAAAGGCACAGUGGCCCCAGUCUGAGGACGAAGGGCCCCUGAACCUCACCUCGGGCCCAGAGCCAGCUCGAGACAUCCGCUGUGAGUUCUGCGGUGAGUUCUUCGAGAACCGCAAGGGCCUGUCGAGUCACGCACGCUCCCACCUGCGGCAGAUGGGCGUGACCGAGUGGUAUGUCAACGGCUCGCCCAUUGACACACUACGGGAGAUCCUCAAGAGACGGACCCAGUCCCGGCCUGGUGGCCCCCCUAACCCACCAGGGCCCAGCCCGAAAGCCCUGGCCAAGGUGAUGGGCAGCGGAGGUCCUGGCAGCUCGCUGGAAGCCCGCAGCCCCGCAGACCUUCACCUCUCACCCCUGGCCAAGAAGUUGCCACCGCCACCAGGCAGCCCCCUAGGCCACUCACCUACUGCCUCUCCUCCUCCCACGGCCCGGAAGAUGUUCCCAGGCCUGGCCGCACCCUCCCUGCCCAAGAAGCUGAAGCCUGAACAAAUGCGGGUGGAGAUCAAACGGGAGAUGCUGCCAGGGGCCCUUCAUGGGGAGCCUCACCCAUCCGAGGGUCCCUGGGCGGCACCGCGGGAAGACAUGGCCCCCCUGAACCUGUCGUCCCGGGCAGAGCCUGUACGUGACAUCCGCUGUGAGUUCUGCGGUGAGUUCUUCGAGAACCGCAAGGGCCUGUCAAGCCAUGCGCGCUCCCACCUGCGGCAGAUGGGCGUGACCGAGUGGUCUGUCAACGGCUCGCCCAUCGACACGCUGCGGGAGAUCCUCAAGAAGAAGUCCAAACCGUGCCUCAUCAAGAAAGAGCCGCCCGCUGGAGACCUGGCCCCCGCCUUGGCUGAGGACGGGCCCCCCACGGCUGCUCCAGGGCCUGUGCAGGCCCCCCUGCCGCUGGCGCCAAUGGCUGGCCGCCCAGGCAAACCAGGAGCUGGGCCGGCCCAAGUUCCUCGAGAGCUCAGCUUGGCGCCCAUCACCGGUGCCAAGGCCACAGCCACUGGCUACCUGGGCUCAGUGGCAGCCAAGCGGCCCCUGCAGGAGGACCGCCUCCUCCCAGCAGAGGUCAAGGCCAAGACCUACAUCCAGACUGAACUGCCCUUCAAGGCAAAGACCCUCCACGAGAAGACUUCCCAUUCCUCCACCGAGGCCUGCUGUGAGCUGUGUGGCCUUUACUUCGAAAACCGCAAGGCCCUGGCCAGCCACGCGCGGGCGCACCUGCGGCAGUUUGGCGUGACCGAGUGGUGUGUAAACGGCUCACCCAUUGAGACACUGAGCGAGUGGAUCAAGCACCGGCCCCAGAAGGUGGGGGCCUACCGCAGCUACAUCCAGGGCGGCCGCCCAUUCACCAAGAAGUUCCGCAGUGCUGGCCAUGGCCGCGACAGUGACAAGCGGCCGCCCCUAGGGCUGGCACCCGGGGGCCUGGCUGUGGUGGGCCGCAGUGCUGGGGGUGAGCCAGGGCCUGAGGCUGGACGGGCAGCUGACAGUGGUGAGCGGCCUCUGGCAGCCAGCCCGCCAGGCACUGUGAAGGCUGAGGAGCACCAGCGGCAGAACAUCAACAAAUUUGAGCGCCGACAAGCCCGCCCUCCAGAUGCCUCUGCGGUCCGGGGGGGUGAAGAGGCCAAUGAUCUACAGCAGAAGCUGGAGGAGGUGCGGCAACCCCCACCCCGGGUCCGGCCGGUCCCCUCCCUGGUACCCCGGCCCCCCCAGACAUCACUGGUCAAGUUUGUUGGCAACAUCUACACCCUCAAGUGCAGGUUCUGUGACGUGGAGUUCCAGGGGCCCCUCUCCAUCCAGGAGGAGUGGGUGCGGCACUUACAGCGGCACAUCCUGGAGAUGAAUUUCUCCAAAGCGGACCCCCCACCCGAGGAACCCCGGGCCCCGCAGGCACAGACAGCGGCAGCAGAGGCGCCCUGA